AUGUCGACCUGCCAACUCAAGAUGUCUCAGAGCUUUGCCUAUGCCUCCGUGAUAUCCUCCAGUCGGAGUAAACCAAGUAAUUGUGGCUCUGGCCUGGCUGAGAUGCUGCGCAACACCCUUCAAAGCAGCCCAACCGUCAUGCCAGCGCCAGAGCCACAGCCUCUGCAGGAGGAAAAGAAAAAGAAGCGCAUCAUCGUCAUCGGCGCCGGCAUCUCCGGCCUGCGUGCCGCCUCGACUUUGCAGCGCCACGGAGUCGAUGUUGUCGUUCUGGAAGCGCGAGACCGCAUCGGCGGUCGCAUCUGCACGACGCGCAACGGAGGCCAGACGACGUGGGACUUAGGUGCGGCGUGGAUGCAUGAAACGUCGCAGAAUCCGCUCGUCAAACUCAUUCGCGCCCUCGGGAUCGAAUAUUACUACGACGAUGGUACCCCGCUGUACUACACAGCGCAGGGUCGGGCCGGCGCCCAGUUCAAGGCCAAGAAAGUUGCCGACGAGUUCGCGGACUACGUCGACUGGUACUACAAAGCCCAUCCUGAUGCGGAAGACCGCAGCGUCGAUGAUUUCAUGCAGGAGUUUAUCAGUCGGCAUGAGUUGAUCACCCAAGAUGAGCGCCUGUGGGCGCCGCAGGCCGUCCGCGAGAUUGAACAGUGGAUCGCUACGGGUACGGCCGAAGCUUCGUGCAAAUAUCUCCAGUAUUUUAUCACUGAGCGCAACCUAUACAUGAAGGGCGGCUACGAUCGAAUCGUCGACUGGACCGCCGGGCCGCUACUGGAGAGCCCCCAUGCGCUGCAACUGAACCAUCGAGUAACCCGAGUGGCCUGGAGCGAUAACGCACAGGGACAGGAUGCUGUCCGCGUGGAGUGCGAGGAUGCUACAGGCUGCUGUAAGACGGUGACAGGUGACGCAGUGAUCGUGACCGUGCCGCUGGGAGCCCUCCAUCAUAAACUCCUCACAUUCGACCCGCCGUUGCCGGACGAUAUCCAGCAUGGCUUUUCUCAGCUCAGCUACGGCGCGCUGGGGAAGAUAUUCUUUGAAUUCAGUGAGGUAUUCUGGUCGAAAGACAACGACCAGAUCAUCUAUUAUCCGUCCCCGCCCGAGCUCAAUGAGGACGGCGCCGACUUCUUGGGCUCCUCACCCAGGUCGUCCAGCAGCCGCGAAACGCCAGAGGACAACAUCCUCAACUAUCCAACGGUGACUGUCAACUUGAUGCUAGUCGCCGACCGCAGGGAGCUCUGCGUGCAGAUCGCCGAGCCGUUGACCCAGCGGAUAGAAGCCAUGACCGACCCGAAGAAGCGGUACAAGUUCUUCGAGCCGCUGUUCAAGCUCAUCCGCACCGAGCCCUACAAAGCUCUCCCACGCCUCAUAAAGAUGGAAUGUACCCAGUGGACUCAAGACCCGCUGGCCGGCUUUGGUACUUAUUCCUGCGAGAAAGUCGGUGAUAAUCCACACCUCAUCAUUGCGGCACUCGAAAACCAUCGCCACAGCGUCCUGCAGUUUGCAGGCGAGCAUCUGACUCGCGUAGGCCAGGGUUGUGUCCACGGUGCAUUUGCCACCGGCGAAAAGGCGGCUAAGCGUCUGCUCGAGAAGUUCAAGGUUUCCUUCAAGGGCGACGAUAUAGUCAGCGUGCCUAGUUGA